AUGGCCUCCGCGGAGCCGGAGCCCCCUGCGCGGACGGGCGCGGCGCGGCGCCUGGCCCGGGGCUGCUGGUCGGCGUUCUGGGACUACGAGACGCCCAAGGUGAUCGUGGUGAAGAACCGGCACCUGGGCGUCGUCUACCGCGCGGUGCAGCUGCUCAUCCUGCUCUACUUCGUGUGGUACGUGUUCAUUGUGCAGAAGAGCUACCAGGACACUGAGUCGGGCCCAGAGAGCUCCAUCAUCACCAAGGUCAAGGGCAUCAGCACUUCGGAGCACAAAGUGUGGGACGUGGAGGAGUAUGUCAGGCCCCCCGAGGGGGGCAGCGUGUUCAGCAUCAUCACAAGGAUUGAGGUCACCCCCUCCCAGGCCCUGGGAACCUGCCCUGAGAGCAUAAGGGUCAGCAACUCCAGCUGCAACUCAGACAAGGACUGCGUGGCCGGGGAGCUGGACAUGCUGGGGAACGGGCUGCGGACCGGGCGCUGCGUGCCCUAUUACUAUGGAUCCUCAAAGACAUGUGAGGUUUCUGGCUGGUGCCCGGUGGAGGACGGAGCCUCUGUCAGCCAAUUCCUGGGCAAGAUGGCCCGUAACUUCACCGUCCUCAUCAAGAACAGUAUCCACUACCCCAAGUUCCAGUUCUCCAAGAGCAACAUUGCCAGCAGGAAGGAUGACUACCUAAGGCACUGCACCUUUGAUGAGGUUUCCAACCUCUACUGCCCCAUCUUCAAGUUGGGCUUCAUCGUGGAGCAGGCUGGGGAGAACUUCACAGAGCUGGCACACAAGGGCGGAGUCAUCGGGGUCAUCAUCAACUGGCACUGUGACCUGGACCUGUCUGCAUCCCAGUGCAACCCCAAGUACUCCUUCCGGCGGCUCGACCCCAAGCAUGUCCCUGCCUCCUCAGGCUACAACUUCAGGUUUGCCAAGUACUACAAGGUGAACGGCACCACCAUCCGCACGCUCAUCAAGGCCUACGGGAUCCGCAUCGAUGUAAUCGUGCACGGACAGGCAGGAAAGUUCAGCCUGAUCCCCACUAUCAUCAACGUGGCCACGGCGCUGACGUCGAUUGGGGUGGGCUCCUUCCUGUGUGACUGGAUCCUGCUCACAUUCAUGAACAAGAACAAGGUCUACAGCCACAAGAAGUUUGACGAGGUGUGUGCUCCGAGGCAGGCCCAGGCGAGCUGGCCUGUGACCCUAGCCCUAGUUCUGGGCCAGGCCCCUCCCCCAUGCCCUCCCCUAGGACCGGCCAGCCCAUACUGCCUCUCUGCCCGGCCUGAGCAGAUGGUGGACGGUCCUGACCCGACUGUGGGACAAGGGCUUUCCACCUCCGAGCCUCCCCAGCAGGACUUCAUGCCCACGGACCAGAAAGGUCUGGCUCAACUCUGAGCCAACGACACACCACCUUGCCAGCAUGCUGCGCCACAGACCUGGGCCCUGUGAAGGCUGGCCCCCUCAAGUCUCGGCUCCAGAGAUGGAGCCCCGCUCCCCCGUCACAGCCAGGGACCCCAGCACCAACGGCUGGGCCUUGCCAUGCACCAUGACUGCUACCCACCCAUCAACACCAGGACCCUAAGGCCCCUCUGUGGGAGGGCCUUGCUCCAGCCCUCCACCUGGGUGGGUCUCCAGUGGGGAGAGGCAAGUUCCUGCCAUCCUCUCCCCACUGACCCCUCCCUGCAGAGCUCUGCACCCACCCUGCUCCCUCUCACACAGCCCCAGGACCCCCGCCCCUUGGAGCUGAGCUGAGGGCUGCCCCUGCUCCUACGCAAGGGGGAGGAUCCCACCCCGCUCCAUUCAUAGCUUCACAGCCUGUCUGCUUAGACCCUUCAUGAACCUUGUAGCCAGGAGGUCACAGCACACCCAAAGUUCAUUAAACCUG